GCCAUAGACUCGAAUAGACGCACAUUUUCCGAAUACACAAACCACCGUCAACAUGGCCGCCGCGAGUGACAAAGCUCGCUUCUAUAUGGAGCAAUCGGUACCCGAGCUCCAGGAAUACGAACGCAAGAAGAUCUUCUCGCGCGAAGAAAUCACAUCCAUAGCCCGCAAGCGCUCUGAAUUCGAACAUUUGCUCAACACACCCGGUGCCGCCACGCCUGCCGACUACGCUCGCUAUGCGCUAUACGAAAUGAACCUGGACUCGUUGAGGAAGAAGCGCUCGAGGCGCAUGGGUGUCAAGGCCACCGCUUUCGCCGGGCAGAAGAAGAUCUUUUUCGUCUUGGAGAGAGGUGUUAGGAGGUUCCAGGGUGACAUGGGCUUGUGGAUGCAGUAUCUCGAGUACUGUCGUAAAGAGGCGGCAAACAAGAAGUUGGCAAAGGCUUUGACACAAUGCUUGAGAAUGCACCCCAUCAAGUGGGAUAUCUGGACAUGGGCGGCCAAGUACUAUUUCGAGCAGCAGGCCGAUAUGCCAACCGCGCGCAGUUAUAUGCAGAGGGGACUGAGAUUCUGUAAGAAGGAGAGGAAGCUGUGGUUGGAGUACGCAAAGCUGGAGAUGCUCUACGUUGCAAAGAUCGCCGCGCGACGAAAGAUUCUGGGCCUGGAUAUUGAGAGGACCGAGAAGAAGAUCGACUCGACACUGGAUGCCGAUGCCGACAUGAUGGCUUUGCCAGACGUCACAGCCGACGAGAUCAAGCCCGAGGGAGCACCCGAACCGAAACAGGCAGUCGACGAGGAGGCCCUCAAGAAGCUGGCCGCCUCGCCCGCCCUGAACGGAGACAUUCCUCGCAUCAUCUUCGAGACCUCAAUGCGCGACUUCAACGACCCUUCCCUAGCCGAGCAAUUCUUCGACGUCUUUGCAGCCUUCGCAGACGUCCCCUGCACAACAAAGCUGCUACAGCACAUCAUCGACUACCUCUCAAACCAGGACUCAGUCGCCAGCAAAAUCAGCAUGCACAUCUGCCUCGCCAAACUCGAACUCCGCGACACUGACACCGAGGAAGCCAUCGAGUCCGCCGAGUUCCCUCUCAAGCUCGCCAGAGCCCUCUCUGCACUCAAAAAGGGCAUGGGCGAUGCUGUUACACAAUACGUCCGUGUGUUGAGCCAGGCUAGCUUUGACCGCGUCAAGCAAGUCGUCAAGAGACAAGUCAAGGCUGGCGACGAGGCUGAGGCCACUCUUCUCGUUGAGAUUGCAGGCAAGACCAACCCGGUGCAGAAGGCCCAGCUUGAGGCAUUGAUCGUCUCAUGA